GUACAAUUUUGACGUUUGAAGGAAACGCUAGUGAAUAUUAAAAAUAAUUCAUAAUUCUAAAAUAUAAAUAACAAAUUUAAAAAUAUGACUUCAAAGUUAUUUGUGCUUGCUGCAUUAGCUAUUUCAUGUGCUGUGGCCCUUCCCGGUCAUGCAGUGGAUUAUUAUGAUCAUCCAAGAUACUCGUUCAAUUAUGGUGUACAGGAUCACCAUACAGGAGACAUCAAACAUCAAAGUGAAGUCCGUGAUGGUGGAGUCGUAAAAGGACAAUACUCAUUAGUAGAACCUGAUGGUUCAGUCAGAACUGUUGAUUACACUGCUGACGAUGUUCACGGUUUCCAAGCUGUUGUUUCAAAAUCAGCUCCAACAGUUCACGCUACUAAAGUUGUAGCUCCAGUAGUUCAUCACGCUCCCAUAGUUCACCAAGCUCCCAUAGUUCACCAAGCUCCCGUAGUUCAUAAACAAAUCUUACAUCAAGCUCCAGUUGUAUAUAAGCAAGCUCCAGUGGUGCAAGUAGCAAAAACACAUCACUAUACACAGUCUGUUCCACAAUUGAAUAAUUAUGACUACGAUUAUGGGCAUUAUGAUGCUGGACACUAUGAUGCUGGUCACUAUGAUGCUGGUCACUAUGAUGCUGGACAUUACUAUUAA